CCCCGCACACCCACGCGCACCGCCUUUCAAACAAGCUGGCACGGAUACCCUGACAGUUUACAACACUCUUACACCCCCUCGAGCUUGCAGACACACACACACGCACACGCACACACACGCGCGCGCGCGCACACACACACACACACACACCCCUUCCACCAACCACUCCGACCAGGACCCCAGAGUUGGAUGCGCUGCAGAGCCUGCCACCUGCAGGCCCUGCCAACCCCCCCUCUCCUGGAGCGCUGGGUUUUUCCAGCCGGAGCCUCACUCCCUCUACUGCGAUCUCUGGAAACUGGUGACUUACGCGGCUGCUCCUGCACAUGAUUUAUUGAUUUCCUCUGCCCCCGUGGAGACCCUCCCAUCAGGAGAGCUGCCGUCCUGGGAGCGGGCACAGGCGGGAAGCAGGAGGCAGAGGGGAUGGAGGGAAGGAAAGUUCAGCAGCCCCCACCCUGCUCAUCAAGCUCGUCAAGCCCCGCAGGGGCUGUGAGCACCAGGCUGGAGGCCGGGAGAGAGGAGGGAGACUCCAGGAGGAGGGGACAGCAGGCAGCGCUUGGGGACCGAGCCCCCCUGAGCCAGCAGCGCCGGCUCAGACAGGCCACCCAGUUCCUGCACAAGGACUCUGCCGACCUGCUCCCCCUGGACAGCCUCAAGAGGCUCGGCACCUCCAAGGACUUGCAGCCACACAGCGUGAUCCAAAGACGCCUGGUGGAGGGAAACCAGAGUCAGCUUCAGGGGGAGUCUCCCCUGGUGCAGGCCCUGAUUCAUGGCCAGGAGAGCAGGAGGAAGACCAGCAAGACAGAGAUUCCGGCUCUUCUGGUCAACUGCAAGUGCCGAGACCAGGAGCUUCGGGUGGCCGUGGACACAGGCACCCACCACAACCAGAUCUCCACUGGAUGCCUCAGCCGCCUGGGGUUAGGGAAGGUCCUCAAAGCCCCGGGGGGGGGCCUAGCACCUGGGCCCCCCACCCAGGUGGAGCAGCUGGAGCUUCAGCUGGGCCAGGAGACGGUGGCCUGCUCGGCUCAGGUGGUGGAUGUUGAGAGUCCCGAGUUCUGCCUUGGGCUACAGACGCUGCUUUCUCUCAAGUGCUGUAUCGACCUGGAGCGUGGAGUACUGCGCCUGAGAGCCCCCUUCCCAGAGCUGCCCUUCCUGCCUCUGUACCAAGAGCCUGGCCAGUGACUGCUGAACCAGUCGGUCCCCAGGGGAAGGACAUUGCCUUGGGGAAGAGCCAUAUGGGGGGGAAUGGGGCAUUACUACAGCCAGGUAGCUGGGGACGACUGUGUCUGUCCUUCCUGUUGCCACCCUGACCCUGCCGUCCCUCAGUCAGCCACAUUCCUCUCUGCUUCUCAGCCACUGCCCAAUCCUCCAGGAGUCUUCCAGACAGAGGGCCUGUGAUCUCAGGGGCCUGGCUUCUCUCUUCCCGUUCCCCUCCAAGUCAGGAUGGCGGAAAAGGAUGUUAAGCGUGGCGUCGUAGGAACUGGCCUGAGUCUAAGGCUGCAGCCUUUACCGUCCUUCACCUGUCCCCCGCCAUCCACCCCACCCACCCUCAGUGGCCUUCACUCCCACGCCCCUCCCCUCGCCUUCUGGGGCUUGUUACCUUUGCCAACUAGACUGCCGCACCUCACCCACCCGGGGCCCUGUCUCUGCUGACGCCCACCUUUCUGAUUCUGCAACGACUGCUCACAGUUGAGUGGGGGAAGAAACAGGCAACCCAACACUCCAAUGCAAUGGGAAGGUGAGUUGGUAGAGGAACGCCAGGCUCACAAGGCUGGGAGCUUCCUUAGUUACCUUUUUUGGGGUUGCCAACAUCUGAAGCCAGUGAUCACCCUGUGCAAGACCUUGGAUGGACCUCUACUAUUUCUCCAGGCAGCUCUUCUCCUCCACUUGUUUUUUUACACAGUGGGACCCUGAAUUUCAGGGAGGGGUGGGGUGUGUUGGAGGAGUGCUGUCAGAAACUGGCCCCACAAGGUGGACAGGAUGUCAGGGUGCUCGGUACUCAGACUGCACCUAACCAGUAUUCUUUCUUAUUUCUAGAACUCCUCACCUCACCUCACCUUCUCCCUUCCCCGCAUCUAGGGCCUCCUGAGCUUGAGCUUGUUUUAUUUUGGAAUCAGUGGCUUUCUAGCCCCCGCCAGGCUCUGAGCCAAAGCGAAAAGACAAGGAGGCUUUUCACCUUCACUGUGAAGACAGGAACCCAGACCUUAAGAAGCCAGACCCCUGAGUGUCCUUCUGGCUGGUUUCAGUCCCUCGGGUCAUGGAUUAGGGGUAGAGGAAGAGAGUGGUCUAACUAACCUCAGCUAGGAAACUAGGGCCCUUGGAGUGGAAACGAAAUCAUGAGUCCGGGGUAGAUCAGAGAAGAAGCAGGAUACCACCCAGCUGCCCUCUGACCUCUGGUCUUGCCUCUCCCUGCUGCAUUCCUUGCCCUCAGAAGAAGAGGAGGGGGCUCACUAGCACAUGUGUAAUAAGGAUCCCCUCGUCCCGGGCGCCUGGGUGGCUCAGUUGGUUAAGCGACUGCCUUCGGCUCAGGUCAUGAUCCUGGAGUCCCUGGAUCGAGUCCCGCAUCGGGCUCCCUGCUCGGCAGGGAGUCUCCUUCUCCCUCUGACCCUCCCGACCCUCCCCCCUCUCAUGCUCUCUCUCAGUCUCUCUCUCAAAUAAAUAAAUAAAAUCUUUAAAAAAAAAAAAAAAAAGGAUCCCCUCAUCCCUCCUGCCUCGCCCCAUCACCUCUGCCUUCCUAGCCCUGCCUUUUCCUUCCUCCUCUUGCUGCUUCUGUAAUUGCAGACCCCGGACCCAGGGGCAGGCCUUCAGCUCAGCUGCUUCUCCAUUUGAAUAAACACCUGUUUCUCUAUGCUAAUCUCCUUCUCUGGUCUUCCUCCAUGUUGAUCAGAGUCUGAACUGAUAACUCUGCCCUGGCUUCCUUAAAGAAAGGCAGUGUGAAUGUGGACCUUCCCCCAGGUUGAUCCAUCCGGCUGGGUCGAGA